GUUGAAAGAUUAUCGUUUUGCUGAUAUAUAAAUAAACUCCAUCAUCAUCCAUAUUUCUUGUCCAGCAUAAUUUGUACACCUCAUACACACGCAUAGACAAACCGAGUCGACUCGGUUCCCGCCGUCUUGUUUCGACUCGGAUUCCGGUUUUUUAGGGGUCGAUUCGGGAUUUUGGAUCUAGUGUAGGUGAGAUUCUUUAGAAAGACAAGGGGGCAUAUCACAAUGAAGGCACUGAUUCUUGUUGGAGGGUUUGGGACACGUUUGAGGCCAUUGACUCUCAGUGUUCCUAAACCACUUGUUGAAUUUGCUAACAAACCUAUGAUCCUGCAUCAGAUUGAGGCUCUUAAGGCCAUUGGAGUUACUGAAGUGGUUUUGGCUAUUAACUACCAACCAGAGGUGAUGUUGAACUUUUUGAAGGAAUUUGAGGCAAAGCUAGGAAUUACAAUCACAUGCUCACAAGAGACUGAGCCGCUUGGCACUGCUGGUCCUUUGGCUCUGGCUAGGGACAAACUGAUUGAUGAAUCUGGUGAUCCAUUUUUUGUUCUCAACAGUGAUGUCAUCAGUGAGUACCCACUUAAAGAAAUGAUAGAGUUCCACAAAGCCCAUGGAGGGGAGGCUUCCAUUAUGGUGACCAAGGUGGAUGAACCAUCAAAAUAUGGUGUUGUGGUUAUGGAAGAAUCCACAGGGAAGGUUGAGAGAUUUGUGGAAAAACCAAAAAUUUUUGUUGGCAACAAAAUCAAUGCUGGAAUUUAUCUGUUGAACCCAUCUGUUCUAGAUCGCAUUGAACUGAAGCCAACCUCAAUUGAGAAGGAGGUCUUCCCAAAAAUUGCAGCUGAUAAGCAGCUUUUUGCAAUGGUCCUUCCAGGGUUUUGGAUGGACAUUGGACAGCCAAGAGAUUACAUUACUGGCCUGAGACUUUAUCUAGAUUCUUUGAGAAAGAAAUCUUCAUCCAGAUUGGCCAAUGGCGCCCAUGUUGUGGGGAAUGUUCUGAUAGAUGAGACUGCCAAAAUUGGAGAGGGAUGUCUGAUUGGACCUGAUGUUGCAAUAGGUCCAGGCUGUGUUGUUGAGUCAGGAGUCAGACUCUCUCGUUGCACUGUGAUGCGUGGCGUUCGCAUCAAGAAGCACGCCUGCAUAUCCAGUAGCAUUGUCGGGUGGCAUUCUACUGUUGGGCAAUGGGCUCGUAUAGAGAACAUGACAAUCCUUGGAGAGGAUGUCCAUGUAUGUGAUGAAAUUUACAGCAAUGGGGGUGUGGUUUUGCCUCACAAAGAGAUCAAAUCAAGCAUUUUGAAGCCGGAGAUAGUUAUGUGACAGAAUGGGGCUGAGACCUGUAGACUAUGUUUUAGUUCAGGGACAAGUUAAAAAUGCAUUUGGUUCCUUUUUUUUUUUUUUUUUUCUUCCCUUUUAUCUGGUAUCCAAGUGUAAAAGUAAGUUUCUGCAAGUUGGUAUGAUUUGAGUCAAGCUGCUGCUGAGUUUCUUGUCUGCAAUGGAGGGUACAAGUGUGUUCUUGGUGUGAAAAGUGUUACUUAGCUAUGUAAAUAGAAAUAAAAUUUCUACCCCUCAGAUUUUCUGUAAUUUAUUAAUCAAUGCCAAAAUUCUUUGUUUCUUGGUGGUCA